AUGACUACACUUCAGGUCACAAUUCCUUUUAAGUCACGAAAGAGAACUUAUAUGAAUGGGAGUAAAAAUAAAACAAAUAAUGAAAAUAAAGAUAUAUUAAAUAUUGAGGAGACAAAUAAUACUUUAAACAGACAAAUUAAAGAGGGGAAAAAUGGCGAGGAAUCCAAUGAUGAUAAGUGUUCUCCAAAAAAAAUGGCAAGGAAACAACUUGCUUGUAGUCUUACAAAGGACAAACCAAAGUUUUUGAAUGAGAAUAGUCACAAAACAUCAGCUUUAAAGCCAUUAGUAAGCAGAGAAAAAGAAAUUGAAUGGAUGGAAAAUUUUCUAAUAACACAUCUUGACAAGGAGCAAUCUGCAUCUUUAUAUAUUUCUGGACAACCUGGAACUGGGAAGACAGCAAGUUUGACGUAUAUACUACAAUUACCAAAGAUUAAGGAAGGGUUUAAACAAGUCUAUAUAAAUUGUACUAUGAUGAAGUCAGCUGCAAGUAUUUAUAGCCGGAUUUGUAAAGAGUUACAGUUACCAACUUCAGGCACUAGUGAGAAAGCCUCUUUGAGCGCUAUUGAAAAAUUCCUAGUUAAAAAACAUAAAAUGAUUUUGCUAGUGCUGGAUGAGAUUGACCAGCUGGACAGCAAGCGGCAGGCGGUGCUGUACACGGUGUUCGAGUGGGCGGCGCGGCCCUCGCGGCUGGUGCUCCUGGGCGUGGCCAACGCGCUGGACCUCACGCAGCGCGCGCUGCCGCGCCUGCAGGCGCGUGCGCUCGCGCCCGCCACUCUACACUUCGCGCCCUACACCAAGCACCAGAUCAUCGACAUAUUCACCAGUGUGCUCGCCACCGAGGACACUACCAAUGUCUUCUCGCCCGUCGCCUUGCAGAUGCUCGCAGCUAAAAUUUCCGCAGUUUCGGGAGAUAUGAGAAGAGCUUUAGAUAUAGGACGGAGGGUUAUUGAACUCGCAAGACGUAGUAAAUUUUCCGAAAAUCAAUCAGUUGACAAUAUGAUGAAGGAUUCAUCGGUUACAGUGGAAUUGAAACAAGUAUUAGAAAUUUUGAAUGACAUAUAUGGAGGUUCUAGAAAGAUCGAAACAGAUGUGGAAGAAGGAUUGCCGAUGCAACAGAAAUUAAUAUUAUGUAGCCUAAUGUUAAUGCUAACUAAAGGGAAAAAUAAAGAUAUUGUGUUGGGGAAACUUCACGAUGUUUAUAAAAGAGUGGCGGCGGCGCGCAACAUCGCGGCGCUGGAGCUGGGCGAGGUGGCGAGCGCGUGCGCGCUGCUGGAGGCGCGCGGCGCGGUGCGGCUGCGCGCGGGCGCGGGCGCGCGCGGCCGCCGCCUGCGCCUGCAGUGGGACGAGGCCGAGCUGGCGGCCGCGCUGCGGGACAAGCCGCUGCUCUCCGCCAUACUCGCCGACACCGCCUGCCUCUCCGCCUCC